AUGGUGGAAGAACGACGUCGUGUCCGCGGUAUUCAGGAUAUGCGGAAUCAACAAAGUGAAAUUGGAUGGAUGCUGUUGUGGUGUCCGCUGCGUGACGUACUCGAGAAAAUGCAAGUCUUGGAGAAAAAGCGUGAAAAGUUUGUGGAAGAAUCUCAGCAUUUGCAGAAAAGGAUAGAAGAGACCGUGGCCAAGAAAGACGAAUGCAUUGCUGAAGCUUCUACAACGCGCCAGAAAGUCAAUGAUGAGACAAAAAGCCUGCAAGAACUGAAAGGGAAAAUGAAAUCUGGCGAGGAAAGGAUCAGUUCUUUUGAGCAGCGAAAGUUGCGCAUCAUUGAGCAGAUCAAGGCAUUUGAAGAGGAAUCACAGUGUGAGAAGCGAAAAGAAGAAAUUGCCUCUACAAAAAUAAAAAUGGGAAAGAUCACGCAAAAGGAAGCAGAGAUGGUCGAACGUCUCCGUUCCGCUCAGGAAGAGCGUGACGAAUUUCAAACAGCCCAUGAGCAGGCAGUUGCUAAUCAGAAUCAGGUUGUAAGGGAGUCUCGCAAGGUGGCGGGCAGAAUGCGUGAUCUACAAGAGGAGUUGCAUCGGGCUGAAAUCACGACUAAAAAUGCUGUGAUGAGAUUUGGUGAAAAUAUACCCAGCGUAUUGGAGGUUAUGAAUGCAAACUCUCACAAGUUUGAGCAUCUACCAAGGGGUCCGAUC